AACUGUGCUGUCGCGCAGAGAAGUGCCUCUUAUAUUUUUCAUAUUGCUUCGCUCGCUUCCGAGUCCGAUCGCUGACCAGCGUUCCUUUUGCGCACAUUUCCUCCAUGUUCCAUGAGUUUGUUGUGGCUGUAGAAAAGAAAGAAUUUUUCUUCUGGUUUAUUGAUAAAAGUGAGCAAGUAGGGCAUUUUCCUCGGUUGUGCACUGAUUUUUCGUCACCACAGACAUCAUGUCGAAGAGGCGUAUAGAAGUCAUCGACCCCUAUUUCACCAAAAAGUCAAAAGCUGGUGCUGCAGGUGCUCCAGCUAUUCCUGCAAUUGCUGCAGCUCCAUCGGGAACAGGACUCCUACCGAGGACUCCGGGCAUCAAUCCAUUUUCUGGCUUGCCAUACACCCAAAGAUAUCAUGAGUUGCAUCGGAAACGGAUUCAGCUGCCAGUUUUUGAAUACAGGGAGGAAUUUAUGAAUUUACUGGCCAACCACCAGUGUAUAGUGCUUGUUGGAGAAACCGGUUCUGGUAAAACUACACAAAUUCCACAAUGGUGUGUGGAGUAUGCUAUGACUUUGGGGAAAAAGGGUGUUGCCUGCACCCAGCCCCGUCGAGUAGCUGCAAUGUCUGUCGCUCAGAGGGUGUCAGAAGAAAUGGAUUGCGCAUUGGGUCAGGAAGUUGGAUAUUCUAUCCGUUUUGAGGACUGCUCCAGUGCUAAGACAGUUCUUAAAUACAUGACUGACGGUAUGUUACUUCGAGAAGGCAUGUCAGAUCCAAUGCUGGAGAACUACCAAGUAAUAUUGUUGGAUGAAGCCCACGAAAGAACCCUUGCAACUGAUAUUCUCAUGGGUGUUUUAAAGGAAGUGACAAAGCAGAGGUCAGACUUAAAAUUAGUUAUCAUGUCAGCAACACUUGAUGCAGGAAAAUUCCAGUCCUACUUUGACAAUGCUCCUCUCAUGAAUGUACCUGGAAGAACACAUCCUGUUGAAAUCUUUUAUACUCCGGAACCUGAACGUGACUAUUUAGAGGCAGCUAUCAGAACAGUUAUUCAAAUUCACAUGUGUGAGGAAAUUGCUGGGGAUGUUCUUCUUUUCCUAACAGGACAAGAGGAAAUUGAGGAAGCCUGCAAACGUAUUAAGAGGGAUAUGGACAAUUUAGGACCAGAAGUUGGAGAACUGAAAUGCAUCCCUUUAUAUUCUACACUGCCUCCUAAUUUACAACAGCGCAUUUUUGAGGCUGCACCACCUCCCAAAUCGAAUGGUGCAGUGGGACGAAAAGUGGUAGUCUCAACCAAUAUUGCAGAAACAUCUUUAACAAUCGAUGGAGUAGUUUUUGUAAUAGAUCCUGGAUUUGCCAAGCAAAAAGUUUACAAUCCUCGCAUUAGAGUGGAAUCAUUGCUUGUAUCUCCUAUCAGCAAAGCAUCAGCCCAACAGAGAGCUGGGCGAGCUGGGCGAACACGGCCCGGCAAAUGCUUCAGACUGUAUACUGAAAAGGCCUAUAAAACAGAAAUGCAGGACAAUACCUACCCUGAAAUUUUACGAUCAAAUCUGGGCUCUGUUGUCUUACAACUCAAAAAACUUGGCAUUGAUGAUUUAGUUCAUUUUGACUUCAUGGAUCCUCCAGCUCCUGAGACUUUGAUGAGAGCACUUGAGCUCUUGAACUACUUAGAAGCUCUAGAUGAUGAUGGAAAUUUAACUGAUCUCGGAGCUGUUAUGGCUGAAUUCCCUUUGGAUCCUCAGCUUGCCAAAAUGCUGAUUGCAUCAUGCAAUCACAACUGCUCUAAUGAGAUACUGUCCAUUACAGCCAUGUUGUCGGUCCCUCAGUGUUUCGUCCGACCAAAUGAAGCCAAGAAAGCAGCAGAUGACGCCAAGAUGAGAUUCGCUCACAUUGAUGGAGACCACCUGACCCUUCUCAACGUAUAUCAUGCAUUUAAGCAAAAUCAAGAAGACCCAAACUGGUGCUAUGACAAUUUUGUCAACUAUCGAUCUUUGAAGUCUGGUGAUAAUGUGCGGCAACAGCUUUCAAGGAUAAUGGAUAGAUUCAGCCUGAAGCGAACCUCCACAGAAUUCACCUCUAAGGAUUACUACAUUAACAUUCGUAAAGCUCUUGUCACUGGAUUUUUCAUGCAGGUUGCCCAUUUAGAAAGAACAGGCCACUAUUUGACAAUCAAAGAUAAUCAAGUUGUUCAACUACAUCCUUCAACCUGCCUGGACCACAAGCCAGACUGGGUCAUCUAUAAUGAAUUCGUGUUAACAACGAAAAACUACAUUCGUACUGUCACAGAUAUAAAGCCUGAAUGGCUUCUAAGAAUAGCUCAACAGUAUUACGAUCUGAACAACUUCCCUCAGUGUGAAGCUAAACGCCAACUUGAACUCCUUCAAACAAAAUUGGACUCCAGACAGUACCAGGAAGGGUUCUAGGGUAUGAAGACAGGCUUUGGCUGAAAUUGCAAAAGACUUUUAUUCUGAGCUUGAUUGAUUGGUUGGUUUACAUGUUCCUAUAUACGUCCCCAAACUUUCACUUAUUGCAGGGGCUAAUGGAAAAAGUAAUUCAAGUCAAUCCAUGGCAUCAACAGCUGGGUCCAAAAUUAUCAGACCCAUCCAUGUUAAUCUUUUAAUCAUCAUACAUUCAGAAGGAAAAAAAACCUGCCCUAUUUUGUUAUCCUAAGCUACUAUUCUCAAUAUCAAUUCUACAAUUUAGCACGAGUGUAUGUGACUUAGUUAUUUUGGCUCAAAUUCCUCUAUUUUUAGACCUUUCAUUCCACAGCAUUAAAUCUAGUUUCAGGUUAGUUGGUAAAAUAAAAACUUAACUCUUACUGGUUAAUAUUAAAUAUUAGUUUGACAAUACAUAUUUACAUAGAUGUAUUCAAUUAUUGGAUUUUGUGAUGAUUUACUGCUUUUUCAUGGACAUUGCCUGCAUCACAAAGUGAACGUUUUUUAGUUUGUACUGGUACGAGUAUGCGACUCUUUUUGUCUGUCAGUAGUGUGAAGCUAAGAUUAACAGUGUACUAGACAAUCCUUUUUCUUGCCUUUAUUAUUGUGUAUAUUUUGUUAACCUCAGAGAUGCAGCAGGAUCAGUUCAGCACUGUAAUUUUAGUGUAUUGUUAAUGUUUCACUACUUCAAAGGGCAUUCUGUGUUAGCAAAUGUUCUCAAUCCAUGUACCCAUGCUUAAAAAAUACGGUGGAUGUGUAAUAAGCUGCCUACUGAAUUGAAAGGAAACUUUCCUUUUUAACAUUUUGUACUGUAUGUGAUGUGUGAACACAGGUGUGAUGUUUAAUUUUUUUGUAUAGGAAUGAAUUGCAUUUUUCCUCAUUAUCAGCUUGGUCAUACUGCACUUGUAUUUUUAUUUUAUUGUAGGAAUAAAGAAUAUUGCAGUUGGAAGGAAA